GAUGUAGAUGUGGAAAAAGGGUGUUAAAAAUAAGAGAAGAGUGUGCGGCUCGCUUGAAAAGUGCAAUGAACGAUGAAGCUUCACCCGGUUCUUGCGGAGCUUUGGUUGUUUAAGCGGUUAAUUCUGUUUGUGUUCUGUGUCAUUGUGCAGAGCGAGGCCAGCGGAGAAUUAAGUUAUGUGACGUGCGGCUCCUUGGUGAAGCUGCUGAAUACCCGACACAAUGUGAGACUGCACUCCCACGACGUCAAGUACGGUUCAGGAAGUGGACAGCAGUCAGUUACCGGAGUUGAAGCAUCGGAUGAUGCCAACAGCUACUGGCGCAUCAGAGGAAAGUCAGUAGGCAGUUGCCAGAGGGGUGUGCCCAUCAAAUGUGGCCAGGCAGUAAGGUUCACACACAUGAACACUGGGCGCAAUCUUCACUCUCAUCACUUUGUGUCACCACUGUCAGGAAAUCAGGAGGUCAGUGCGUUUGGUGAAAACGGUGAAGGAGACGAUCUGGAUGUAUGGAAUGUCCAGUGCAGUGGGAUUUACUGGGAACGGGAUGAUGCUGUACGCUUCAAACACAUUGGGACUGAAGUGUACCUUAGUGUCACUGGUGAGCAGUAUGGCCAUCCCAUCAGAGGUCAAAAGGAAGUCCAUGGAAUGCAAGGUGCAAAUCACAAUAACUACUGGAAGGUUAUGGAGGGAGUCUUCAUCAAACCCAGCAGCGAGUCACCAAAUCAUGAUGAACUUUGAAACUUGUUGUUCACAUUGUUAAAGGGAGUGUUUGUUAUUAAGAAUGUGUGUUUUCCAAAAAUGAGACCAGCCUUUUUAUAUUAUUUUCUUAUUUGUUUGCAAGUGUAAAUUUUGGAAAACUAAAACCCUCUUCUGAUGGUGUGUGUUUGAUCUUAUUUUAUUGCAAAUAGAUUCGGUGUUUAACUUUAA